UUACAACGACUGGAAUGGCUGAGAAGAAGCUGAAUAAGGACAAACAGACCAAAUGCAGCCACUGCAAAAAGGACUUCAUUGACCCCAGAAGGCUACCCUGCGGCCACUGUGUCUGUGGAAUGGGAAAAGGACGAAUGUGUGCGGCCGAGUUACUGGAAUCUGCUGACAGAAAAUGUCCGUUUCCUUCAUGUGGCAAAAAGAUACCGGAAACAGUGAAAGAUGUGGUUGGAUUCUUGCCAGCGGCAUGGCUGAACCAGCAGGGUCUUCCUGGCACCGAAGCGGAGUCUUGGGAAAAUGAAAAGCUCUUACAAACAAUUAAGCGCAAUGAGGAAAAGAUACAGCAUCUGGAGGACGAACUCAGGGAUAACGGAGACAAUGACAAAAAACUUGAGGAUGAGGUCCGCGAGCUCAAAAAACUGGUGGAGCAAUUACGUAUGGACCAACGUCAGGAUCGAGAGCAGAGAACUAGGCUUGAAGAGGAAGUGGAUACUUUGAACAAACUCUUGCGAGAAAACUUUGAUAACGACAAGGAGGUUGCACGCAGGGUGGAUAUUUUGCAAAGGGAACUGCGGGUUAAUGGAAUUAAUGAUUACAAACUGGCGAAGGAAGUAGAAGAAAUUCAAAACACGCUCGAACUGAGGAGACCAAAAACAAAGAUCGAUAGGACAACUGAUGUUCGCCAAGAAAGUAGCUCAGCCGCGUGGAAAGGUGCGGACUUCAUGUUGAAAGGGACAAAUGCAAAAGGCGUCGAAGAUAAAGCGACGCAGAUCAUUGAUGUUUUGAGAGGCUUUCCUGAAAACGAAUGGAUAUUAUUGGUUUACACAAAAAUGACGCAUCUGAGUGUACAGCUCAGCAAUUCAGGCGAAUUGAUGUCUAGGGUUGGAAAACAUGGGUAUAUGUUCAAUAUGCAACUAUUUGCUCAGCCAAAGUCUGACAAGAAAGAGCUCAAAUCGAUCAACUCAAUUGAUGCAAAAGCAGCUGCAGAGCAAAUGAAAGUAGCUCUUUUUCAGAUGGAAAAGAAGGCAAAGACGCAAACUGUUUCGACGGACGAUGUUAAGGAUGAACUCGUUUUUGGUUUGCAGUCAAAAAGAAUUAAGUGGGCUUAUAUGGCAGUGAUCGGAAAAGGUGAAGCAAAAAUGGAGUCAGUAUACGAUGAAAACCGACGAGUAUACGAAAAUUCAAAUCUAUUCACCGUUCACCUAUUUCUCUAA